AUGCGUGUAUGCUUGUUUGCUGCUCGUGUUUACGUUUAUCCAUCGCGAUCCUCCCUCAUUCUGCAGCGUGUUUAUUCCCAGCCUGUGCUUGGAUCUGGAGCCUCAUUAAUCCUGUUUUUGCAGCUAAUAAAAGCAAGUGAUAGCAGCCAGUACUAUAUUUUCUUCACUAUGGACGCCAUCAAAUUCAUUCUGUGGUACGUUGGCUGUGCGUUGUGCAUUCUCAUUUUCCAUGUCGACAGCUAA